ACUCUGAUCCCGUGGGUACAGAACAUGGUGAGAUUCUAGAUGUUAAAGGGGGAGCGAAAAACACAGAGGAAGGCGAAAUGGUAAACGAUGUGUCCCCGAUGAUGCACAGCAGAAAGAGAAAAAUGGGAAGCCCUCCUGAAAAGCAGUCAGAAGGAAAGAGACGCCACAAUAGUGAGAAUGGUGAAGAAGGCCACAAGACGAGCAGAGGUAGUAGUCAUGGUGAUAGAGAGCACAGAAGACACUCACAAGAGAAUAACCAUUCAUGAGAGCAAAGAAACCACAGACGGUAGCCAUGGAAAUCGCUUCUUGUUCGAUACUUAACAAUCUUCAACUUUCUUGUACAAAGACUUCUCUUUUCACUCGAUAUUUGAGCAACCAGUCAUCACACGACACCGGAAGACGCAAUUGCUUACCUUUUUCCGAUUUCUCAGAGAAAUCACAGAUUCUCGGAAAAUGCCUGCGAUUGCAGAGACAGAGAUUCUCUACGCGUUGCUUAUCAGCGAGACCAGAAGAUGUAAACCCAUCCGGAGAAUUCGCCGUGAUACUUGAGGUUGAUGGGGUAAUGAUUGAUACAUGGUCAAGUAAUCGCCAGGCGUUCAAUGUAGCUUUUCAAAAACUUGGGCUUGACUGUGCAAAUUGGCCUGAACCAGUAUAUUCAGACCUUUUGAGAAAAGGUGCUGCUGAUGAAGAGAAAAUGUUGGUUUUGUAUUUCAACCAGAUUGGGUGGCCUUCGUCUUUGCCAACCAAUGAGAAAGAGACUUUUGUAAAAAGUGUAUUGCGAGAAAAGAAAAAUGCAAUGAAUGAGUUUCUGAUGUCGAAAAGCUUACCUCUGAAAUCUGGAGUCCAAGAGUUUAUCGAUAAUGCAAACACUGAGCGAGUACCUGUUGCUAUAGUAACAGCCUACUGCAAGAGUGGAGACAAAGUAGCCUUAUCCAUUGUUGAGAUGCUUGGCCAAGAAAGGCUUCCCAAUGUGAAGAUUAUCGGAGAUAAUGAGGUGGAACAGAGUAUGUAUGGACAACUUGUUCUUGGCAAAGGAGUUUCUUCAAGUCUAGAGGAGCAACUAGUGAAGGAAGUAAAAAAAGCAGCCUCGGCUGAGAAACAGAGGAUAGCAGAAGAAGUUGCAUCGAUGCUAAAACUAAGUGUGGAUUUAGACACAACCUCAUCUGAGAGGUUGGAGAAAAUUGUUGUUGCUCUGCGUGCUGCUGCGGAAUAUGCUGGAUUACCUGUAAAAAACUGUGUACUUGUUGCUGGUAGUCAACCUGGAGUUUCUGCUGCAAAGAUGAUAGGCAUGCCAUGUGUAGUCAUGCGAAGCAGUUUAACUGCAAGAGGUGAGUUUCCAUCCGCGAAAGGUGUAAUGGAUGGGUUUGGAGGUGCAGAUUUGACAAUCUCAAAACUUAGGCACAAAAUUAAGUCUUGAAGAAACAAUUCAAGAGAGCCGUCUCAGAUCAGAAUGUGGAAAUACUGUCGAGCAUUUGUUUACUUCUCGAAGUUUUGGUGAAGUAUUUGUCUUGACUCUUGAUAUUUAUCUGUAGCUACAUGCUGUAACAUAUUGAUUCUUUGUAAUGUACUGUUUUGUUUAGUUUUCAGACAUCAACAAGCUUCUAUGCAACCUAAUGUCCAUUUAAAUUCCAAAA